AUGGCAAAAGGUUCAGCUAUUGCAAGACUUGAUAUCUUCAAAAGAGUACCAAAAGAUCUCACAGAGCCGACAUUUUUAACUACUGUCUGCUUUGUUAUUCUCGUACUUUUAAGUUUAAGUGAAGUCACUAGAUACUUAAAUGUUGAGACUAAGAGUGAUAUGCUUGUUGAUAUUAGUCAUUAAGAUUAGAAGUUGAACAUAAAUGUGGAUAUAGUCUUUGAAAGACUUCCAUGUGAAGUAGUCAGUUUAGAUGUUCAGGAUGUUAUGGGAACUCACUUAGUAGAUGUCCAGGGAUCACUUGUGAAGAGAAGAAUUGAUAGAUUAGGAAAUAUCAUUUCAGAGAAACUUGUCGAGCACAAUCAAUACGAUAGACUUUAAAUUCAGAAGAAUACUAAGGAGCAACUAGAUGGAAAGGAAGGAUGUCAGUUGUAUGGGUAUAUUGAAAUAAACAGGGUGCCAGGAAAUUUCCAUAUAUCUACUCACGCCUACAACGAUAUUGUGCUUGGCUUGAGCUUCGAAGGUUAUAGAUUUGAUUACACGUAUCAUAUUAAUCAUGUCUCAUUUGGAAAAUUACACAAUUUCGACAUUAUUAAGAAUAAGUUCAAGGACUAGGAAUUCAAAAACCCAUUAGAUGGUUUGAGCUUUAUAGCACCUACAGAUGAGCAAGGAUAGCCAGGAGCAAUCGAAGGUAAUUUCUACCUAAUUGCAGUCCCCUCAUACUUUAAAGAUCUAUCAGGCAAUCUCUACUAAGUUUAUUAAUUAACUUAAAGCCAUCAUAUUAGCACAAAUACAGGACACAACAUUUUAAAGUUUAACUACGAGCUUUCACCUAUUACUGUUAGCUUUAAAUAAGAAAGAGAGAGCAUGACUCUGUUCUUAGUGCAUAUUUGUGCUAUUAUUGGAGGUAUCUUCACUAUUGUCAGUAUCAUCGAUGCUAUCAUCCAUAAAUCAUUCUCUCUUCUAUUCAAACAAAGAAUUAACAAACUAAGCUGA